AUGAAGCUCAACCUCAUCGCUCUGACUGCCCUGCUGGGCCUGACCGUCGCUCAGUCCAGCACCUCUACUGGCCAGGCCUCGGCCACCGCCAGCCUAACUCCCGAGGCUUCCUGCGCGAAGAAGUGCACUGAAACCGAUCUCUGCUGCGUCGCUUCGUGCUACAAGGUCCCCUGUCCCAGCGACUCGCAGGCCAACGACACCGUCGACUGCGUUGCCGCCUGUCCUCAGGGCACCGGCUCCCCCAGCGACACCGACCGCUACGCCAAGUGCCAGAACAGCUGCUACAGCAGCCACUUCUUCCCGGCCACCAAGCUGACCGACAGCGACAGCAACUCUAAGACCACUGCCACCGCCAACAGCGACUCCAAGACCACCGCCACUGACAAGGACAGCAAGAGUUCCGCGACUGGCUCCUCUGGCUCCCACCACUCUGGCUCCGGCUCCAGCGCCAGUGCCACCGGCUCGAGCACCUCCUCCGGCUCCGAGGCCAGCUCGACCGCCAACGCCGCGGCCCUGAAGCUCGGUGCCUCGACUGCCGGUGUCAUCGGUCUGGUCCUUGGUGCUCUGGCUCUGUAA